AUGGGUGGUGCUAGCAAAGCUCUAAAAGCCGCACACAACAACAUGGAUAUUGAUCAGGUGCAUGAUUUGAUGGAAGACAUCGCUGAGCAGCAGGAGGUGGCUAACGAGAUUGCAGAAGCUAUUUCUAACCCAGUAGGAUUUGAUAGAAACAUCGAUGACGAGGAGCUGCUGAGAGAACUUGAGCAGCUUGAACAGGAAGAAUUAGACAAGCAGCUGUUGGACGUCCAUCCGACCCCAGUUGUACUACCUGAUGCACCAUCGACAGACUUGCCAACCGCCAGCAAAGCAAAACCAGCCAAAGCUGACCAUGACAAGGACCUCGAGGAUCUUGAAAUGUGGGCCAAUGCGUAA